AUGGAGGUUGGGAAAUUCUCAGCGAGCCAGAGCCUUCUACCCGGCGGUGCUGCUGCUGAGCCACCGGCGACGGAAUCGAAGAAGGCGGCGGUGAACGAUCUGGCACUGGCUGAACUCGCGGUGACGGACUGUGAGCUACUCUCUGCGAAGCAGACACUUCUGAUACUGAACGAGGCAGUGGUGAUGGAGAAAGGGGAACACCCAGCGGGAUAUACGUCCCAAACCGACGAGACUGUUGCUGAGCCGCCGGCAACGGCGAAGAAGGAGGCGAACGUCUUGACCUUGACCUGUCGAUACGCAACGGCCUGGAACGAGGAGAUGGGUAUCAAGUCGCUGAACGCACGCAAAUGGAGGAGAGAAGAUGUUGAGAGAGUCGUUGACAAAAAAAUCGUCUGGGUAACUGGCAAAAGAGGAGAAUCUUGGGGAACUGAGGUACUAGGUCCACUGGCCCUCUUGUACUGA